GCCGGGGCAGAGGGCGAGGGCGAGGGCGCUGGCGGCGGCGGCCGCGGAAGAUGAGCUGCAGUUGCUUAGGGCUGAGCAGGGUUCUGGUGGCUGUGGCUACAGCCCUUGUGUCUUCCUCUUCUCCCUGCCCCCAGGCCUGGGGUCCCCCAGGGGUCCAGUAUGGGCAGCUUGGCAAGUCGGUGAUGCUGUGUUGCCCUGGAGUGAGUGCUGGGACCCCAGUGUCCUGGUUUCGAGAUGGGGAGUCAAGGCUGCUCCAAGGACCAGACUCAGGGCUAGGGCAUGAAUUGAUCCUGGCCCUGGCAGACAGCACUGAUGAGGGCACUUACAUCUGCCGGAUGCUGGAUGGUGCACUUGUGGGCACGGUGAACCUGAAGCUAGGCUACCCCCCAGCCCGUCCUGUAGUCUCCUGUCAAGCAGCUGACUAUGAAAACUUCUCCUGUACUUGGAGUCCCAGCCAGGUCAGCGGUUUACCCACCCGCUACCUCAGCUCCUACAGGAAGAAGACUAUGCCAGGAACUGAUAGUGAGAGGGUGAGUCCAUCCACAGGGCCCUGGCUAUGCCCACAGGACCCCCUAGGGGCUGCCCGUUGUAUGGUUCAUGGGGCAGAGUUCUGGAGCCAGUACCGGAUUAAUGUGACUGAGGUGAACCCACUGGGUGCCAGUACACGCCUGCUGGAUGUGAGCUUACAGAGCAUCUUGCGCCCUGACCCACCCCAGGGGCUUCGGGUGGAGUCAGUACCUGGUUAUCCCCGUCGCCUGCGAGCCAGUUGGACAUACCCUGUCUCCUGGCCCCGCCAGCCCCACUUCCUGCUCAAGUUUCGGCUGCAAUACCGUCCAGCACAGCAUCCAGCUUGGUCCACGGUGGAGCCCACUGGUUUGGAAGAGGUGAUCACUGAUGCUGUGGCUGGGCUGCCUCAUGCAGUGCGUGUUAGUGCCCGGGACUUUCUGGAUGCAGGCACCUGGAGUGCCUGGAGCCCUGAGGUCUGGGGAACUCCUAGCAUUGGUCCCCUAACAGAGGAGAUGCCUGUUGGGGGCCACCUACCUACACAGCAACAACUGGAGACGGUAGCUCAGGUGGACAGCGCUGCUCCUCCAAGGCCCUCCCUGCAGCCAGACCCUCGGCCACUUGAUCACAGGGACCCCUUGGAGCAGGUGGCUGUGCUGGCAUCUUUGGGAAUUUUCUCUUUCCUGGGACUGGCUGCUGGAGCCUUGGCACUGGGGCUCUGGCUGAGACUGAGAUGGGGUGGAAAGGAUGGACCCCAAAAGUCUGGGUUCUUGGACCCAAUGAUUCCAGUGGACAGGCUUCAAGGUGCUCCAAACCUGUAGAGGACCCAGGAGAACUUCAUCUGAUUCCACCUGUAACUCUUGUCUUGCUGGUGUGGCUAGAUGGACAGAACCAGGCAGGACAGUAAUCCCUAUGGAUGGAAGUCUCAGCUGGAAGUUCUGUUCAGAGCCCAUUUCCUUGAGAUCCUGUAUUACAAACUUGCUAGCUGGAAGAUGUCUGGAUCUCUGAUGUCAUCCCAGAGGUGGAGGUCCACCUGAGCAUGUGUGUAGAUGUGUAUGUCUGUGUCCAUAUGUGACUGUAUAUAUGUGAGGCAGGGAAUAUGUGUUUUCUGCAAGUAUGUAUGUAAGUGCCUGGAGAAUGUGUGUGGGUUCUUGGCUGUUGGCCAUGGCAGGGACUGUGAAGACUCAAAAUAAAGAGAAUGAGGAUGUU